AUGUGGCAUCUUAUAAAUCUACUGUGCUUCCAUCUGUAUGCUUAUACUGUUCAUGGUCGUGUUAAUCAAACAGCUGUGAAUGCUUACGAACUACUCGAUGAUAUUUGCAACUAUCUUGAAGCUUUUCAGGAGAUACUUGAUGCUGUUAGUGAAGAUCAACAACCGAGUCUUCAUCGAGUAAUUCCACUUAGACAAUAUUUGAUGAAUAAAUGUGAAUAUCAUUUUCAACGAAGAACAAAUGAUUUUCGAUUUAUUGUUACAGAUUUACGUGAAUAUAAUUCAACAUUAAAAUUAGGUCGAAUAUCGAUUCGAAAUACAUUCUGCGCUAUUACUCCCUUCCUCGCCGGAAAUCGAAUGACAUACUGUACUCGAUGUUGGCGUUUAGGUCAUAUGAGAGAUAAAUGUGAUCUGGUACACCCUCGUUGUCGUAUCUGUCUUAAUAAUCUUAUGGAUGGUCAAACACAUGAUUGUUCGAAUGUGGUUCGUUGUGCUCAAUGUGAUGGUCACCAUCAUUCGUUAUCUAAUGAAUGUGAAAAAGUCGCAGAAUAUCGAUUCAAAUUAAAAGAACAAAUUAAUAACGCAAUAUCAACAGGCAAAUUACAUCGAUUAGUACCUCAAGAUCGUGCUCAGCCGAUGCAAUUUUAG